GCCAUCACCGAGACACCAACCCACAAAGUCCCCAGGCCCCAGCGCGACGCAAGGAGGCAAACAGAGGCGACCGGCCUCCGGAGCGAAGGGGACCCGCCCGCCGGAGCGCCCUGAGUCCAAGCCCGGUCCGACCCCGGUCCCGCCCCAAGCGGCAGGUCGCCGGCGAUGCCGUUCCUCUCGACGCCGUCGUUCGACCUCUCCGCCGGCGCGGAGCCCACCCUGGGCCCGCGGCCCCCGGUGGCCCCCCCGCCUCCACCCACGCCGGCGGCCGCGGGCGCGCAUCACCAUCACCAUCAUCAGCCGCCGGUGUCGGAGGCGGCGGCGCGGCGGCUGCGGGAGGCGGAGGAGCGGCUGCGCGAGGCGAUCGAGGAGCUCCACCGGCACCAAGGCAGCGCGGGCAAGGGGGAGGGGGAGGAGCAGCGGGAAGGGGAGUGGGGGUGCGGCCACGAGGGCGAGUCGUGCGCGGCGCACGCCGCGGGGAACCUCUGCCAGAGCUUCCUGCUCUCCUACGGCGUCCGCGUCGGCAUCGGAAUCCUCCUCCGCGCCUUCAAGCUCGCGCGCCGCAGGUCCUACGGCUCGCUCCUUGACCUCAAGCAACUGGUUUCGGAGAAAGAUCUUAUAGUAAGAGAGGAAGCUUGCCGGGUAGGGUUACUUUUCGGAGGAUUCACUGGAUCGUAUCAUGCACUUCGAUGUUUCCUUAGGAGAUUUAGGAAAAAGGAGACACCGUACAACGCAAUAUUAGCAGGUUCGGUGGCAGGAUUGGCCAUACUAGCACUAGAUGAUUCAAGUAGGAGGCGCACUCUAUCUCUAUAUCUUCUAGCAAGGCUCGCUCAGUGUGCAUAUAAUUCUUCAAAAUCUAAGAACAAAUUCCACUUUUGGGGAAGCCAUUGGAGACAUGGUGAUGCAUUGCUUUUUUCAUUGGCAUCUGCCCAGGUUAUGUAUGCUUUUGUUAUGAGGCCUGAAAGCUUACCUAAGUCCUACCAAGAAUUCAUCCUUAAGACAGGACCAGUAGCAGAACCUGUUUACAAGGUUGUCAGAGAAUGUUGUAGAGGUGGUCCUGUGGAUCUUACCGCUCUCUCAACCUAUUUAUCAAACAAGAGGAAUUCGGAUUUGAUAAAUUUAACAACCAAUCCAUCCAUUAUUCCUUGUUCCGUGAUUCAUCCUGACAGAGCAUCAUGCUUGGCUCAAAAUGUUAAUGUUGUUUCAUCAACAUUCAAGAAAACAUUCCCUCUAUAUUUCUCAUUGACAUUUGUACCCUUUGUUGUUCUACGUCUUCAAAAGUUCCUGGAAUCGCCGGCUGCAACUUGUUGGCGUGCUCUUGUGGGUGCAGUUCGCUCCACCACCUUUUUGUCUGCUUUUGUCACUUUAUUUCAGGCUUCUAUAUGUUUGCACCGAAAAGUUGCAAACAAAGACCACAAACUUGUGUACUGGUUUGCUGGUUUGAUGUCGGGUCUCUCAAUUCUUUUGGAAAAGAAAGCUAGAAGGGCUGAGCUUGCCCUCUAUGUGCUUCCCCGUGCUGGAGAUUCUCUAUGGUAUAUAUUGAUCAACCGCCACCUGCUCCCAAAUAUAAAAAAUGCUGAGGUGGCUCUCUUCUGCAUAUGCAUGGGAGGAAUAAUGUACUUUCUGGAGUAUGAGCCAGACACAAUGGCUCCAUUUCUCAGAGGCCUCAUCCGGCGGUUCCUGGCAAGCAAGAUCAGCAACCCGAGCCCUCCUCCCAAUCGCAACACCUCGUACUCGUACCUUCAGACGCUGAAUGCUCUGGAGCAAUCAAGAACCCAGCCAGGGGUGGAUAACGGGCCGCCGACAUCAGAGAAGUACAACCUUGAAUCAAUCCCUGGACUUUAGAAAGCUCGUCUGUGGUACUGGUUAUAGGUUCCUAUAGCUUCAGAGAAUCAGCAAAUCUAACCAAAUCAACAGUGGUCGCAUGUGCCGUCAUGAGGUACAGAUGGGUUUAAAUUUCACGAUACGUGUUAUGAUGUUUUGAGAUCAGUUGCAAAAUAAAUGAAUAAGCAGAGCUAUUUUGUGCGGGAGUGGUGUGAUAUAAAGCAAUUGCUCGUUCUUAGAUUGUAACAUGGAGUGGCAAAGGUUACUUUUGGCAAGGAGUUGCCCUGUUUGGUCUUGCAACAGAGAAUUUGUUAAUAUGCUUACAUCUGGUCCUGUGUUUUGGGAAAAUAUUGUACAUUUGUUUCUAUUA